AUGUACUCGUCCUCAUAUUCUAGCUUAUAUCAACAUACAGCUGCUGCCACCAAUCCAUACCCUACCAAUCAUGACUCAAACUCGCCAUUGGCUUCUUUUAAUGGACUCCCUGGUCAUUCGAUAGACCAGUCUUCAGCAUCAUCAUCAUCCGCUUCUUCGACUCAUCCUGGAAUGACUAGUCCGCUAGGUAAUUUCCCUUCCACUGGUACUAGGAACCCUGUAUUAGGAGGCUCAUCCGGGGUGGGAAAUUAUCUAGCCGGACCUGUUGGGUCUGCUUCAUAUCCUGGUAACGAGGAUUUAAUUCCAAGUUCUGCGGGCUCUUCUGCUUACCAGCUAGUUUCGGGAGGAAACAAUGGCCAUGGAUCUGGUGACGUGGGUGCGGUAGCUGGUGUCGACACUGAUGCUUCCGACACCAACAAUUCUGCAACGAAUGCCAAUGCCACUGGUCAUUCUCAUUCCAUGGGAGUCUCAUCGAACUCAUCCAACCCAUCUCUCCUUGUAUCAUCUACCGCUGCUCCAUAUGGGUUCACUUUUCCACCUUUGCCACCUAAUGAGGGUGUUAACUCUGGUUUCGAUCCAACGUCUCCCUACAAUUUGUAUCAGCCCACCACACAAUCAUCAGCCAAUCCUGGUCCUAGUGGGUCUAGCUCCAGAAGAGGACAUAAAUCAUCAUCUUCACUGGCUUCCAUUCUAAUAAAGCCAGACCUUUCAGUGGACUCGAGUAAUCGCCAAGUAAACACUGGUUCGUCAAAUCGAAAUCCUAGUCCUCACCGACCAUCUGCAUCUAUUACAACUGCUACUGCUGAGCUAUCACUUGGCGAUAGUUCUGCUCGGGAUCAAUCUUCCUCCUAUGGCCAGACACAUCAUCAUCGGAGGAGGUCUUCAACAACCUCAUUGUCUCCAAUGAAGGCAAAUACAUCAUCGUCAACAGCUGCUUCAACACCAGGCGGUUCUUCAUCGAGCUUAGCAGCUUCAUCAGCAGCCGCUGCAUACAGAAGUCAUAGACGAAGACGGUCUGCUAAAUCCCACAGCAUAGACAGAGACAGUGUAAUCUUGUCUUUAUACAAGCAAGGUAAACCACUUUCUGAGAUAGCUCGAGUGGCUGGAUUGGAGACCGAGGAGGAAGUGCGUAUGCACUAUGAAUUGGUUAUCAACCGACGGGUCGACUGGAAUGCUGAAGACAUUGAUUGUCUGAAAGACCUUCUGGAAGCUGGCGAGCGAGCUAAAUGGAAGUAUAUCUCUGAUGAAGUUUCGCGGGAAAGAAACAAACGUAUUCCUGCUACAGCUUGCCAGAAAAAGUUCAAAGAGAUGUUUGGGGUGGCCGAGGCUUCGUCAAUACUGGGGUCCAGUUUAUGCUAUGUGGUGUUUCCCGAUGGCUGGGCAAGUUUAGAUACCAAGCCUAUCGACACAUCUUCAUCAACUUCGAGACAACUCCAGAGCGUUUAUGAAAACGAGACAUUAGCUCAGUAA